GGAAUCUCUCCUUAUUUACAGUGAGAUGCUGGAGGAAACAGAUUCCUGGUUCUGCCCUAAAUGUGAGCGAAAACAACCUGCUACUAAAACAAUUUCUGUUUGGCGAUAUCCACCCUACCUCAUUAUACAUCUAGAACGGUUUUUAUUUCAUGGAACAAUGAGCACCAAGUUGGAUGACAGAGUGAUCUUUCCACUUGAUGGCUUAGAUGUGUCAGACUAUGUAGCAAGUGGAGCCAGCAUUAGUCAGCUGUACAAUCUGUAUGCUUGUGUCUGUCACAUGGGUGUUGCACAAGCAGGGCACUACACUGCCUUUGCACGGAGCCCGGUGACAGGAGAGUGGCAUCAUUUUAAUGAUGAUUCAGUUACAAGACAAAAACCACGUGAGGAGGAAUACUCUACUGCAUAUCUUCUUUUUUAUCAUAGGCAAGGAAAGAAUCUAUCAAGCAAAAUCCCAAGCUCAAACACCCGUCCAUCAGACUACCUCAUGAGCACCUACCCGAAUACACUAUUCCUAGCCCCAACCAACCCAACGGGAGUCUCGCUCAUCAUCAACACCCUUAAAAACAAGGCAAGGGACAUAAAUAUCUAAACAUCUUUUAUGUACAAAAAGCAUCACAAGUACUGUCACCAGUUAUUGCAACACUUUAACAAAUCCACUGAAUCCUCCACCUUCCCAGCAAUUCUCAAAAUAGCGAGGGUCACCCCGAUCCACAAAGGAGAUGAUCAGACUGACUUGAAUAACUAUUGACCAAUAUCUCACCUACCUCUGCUCUCUAAAAUCUUUGAAAAAUUAAUUCAUAGACGGAUCUAUUCCUACCUCGUCUCACACAACGUACUAAACCCAUCACUUUGGUUUCAGGACUAAUAAAAGCACAAAUGAUGCUAUUGUACACAUGCUAGAACUAAUAUACACUGCUCUCAAGAAGAAAGAAGUCCCGCUGGGAAUCUUCAUUGAUUUAUGCAAAGCUUUUGAUACAUUUGACCAUGAUUUGCUGCACAUUAAAUUAACACACUGUGGUAUAAGAGGGCACUCCCUCAACUACCUAAAGUCAUACUUUAGUAACAGAAGCCAAUAUGUGUACACAAAUGGAGCAUACUCUUUCACUCAACCAAUCACAAUCGGUGUCCCACAAGGAAGUGUCUUUGGCCCACUCCUCUUUCUCAUUUACAUCAUUGACCUACCAAAUGCAUCACAGCUACUCAAACCCAUAUUAUUUCCAGAUGACACAACAUACGUCUUCUCUCACCCAAACCCAGUCAUACUGGCUAACACUGUUAAUGCCGAAUUGCAGAAAAUAUCUACCUGGAUGAUGACAAAUAAGCUUACCCUCAGUACUGACAAAACCUAUUUCAUUCAGUUUGGAAACAGAGCUGCAAAUGUUCCAUUUAACAUAAUGCUAAACAGAUCACCCAUCACAAGACUCUUAGAGGGAAAAUUCCUAGGAAUCCUCCUUGACAAUAGCCUCA